AUGGACAAACGUAAGUUUUCCCCUUACUUAUGGGAAGAGAACAUUCUGUUUAAGCAUUCUGUUGACGUUGUUCCACCUAAUGUUGACGGUGUUGCACCUCAUGUUGGCGGUGUUGCACCUAAUGUUGACGUUGUUCCACCUAAUAUUGACGGUGUUGCACCUAGUGUUGGCGAUGUUGCACCUAAUGUUGACGGUGUUGCACCUAAUGUUGGCGGUGUUGCACCUAAUGUCGGCGGUGUUGCACCUAAUGUUGGCGGUGUUGCACCUGUAGUUGACCUUGAUCCUCCAAAUGUUGACGGUCUUGCACCUAAUGUUGGCGGUGUUGCACCUAAUUAUGGCGGUGUUGCACCUAAUGUUGACGGUAUUGCACCUAAUGUUGACGGUGUUGCACCUAAUUUUGGCGGUGUUGCACCUGAUGUUGGCGGUGUUGCACCUAACGUUGACGGUGUGGCACCUGUAGUUGACGUUGUUCCACCUAAUGUUGACGGUGUUGCACCUAAUGUUGGCGAUGUUGCACCUAAUCUUGACGGUGUUGCACCUAAUGUUGGCGGUGUUCCAACUAAUGUUGGCGGUGUUGCACCUAAUGUUGGCGGUGUUGCACCUACCGAAUACAGUGUUGCAAAUAUCUUUAAAGCGAAUGGACAUUUUUCAUCAAACCGAUACAUCCAUUUUCUAUUUAGUUUGUAUGAGUUUGCGUUUUCGGAUUCCUGUCCAGAAUGA